AUGGUAGUGGAUCAUUCGCCAGUUCGUAGCCCACCUGCAUCUGAUACCAGUUUCACUAUGCCACUUACGUCACCAGAUAACCAAGCUGCUUCGUCAGGCUCUGGCCAGCAGUCAGGUGAUCACAAUGCUGGUGAAGUGUCAGCGAUUCAGAACUGCAAACUUCCAACGUUUUGGAAGGACAACCCAGAGAUGUGGUUCCUUCAAGCUGAAUCAGUGUUUCAAUCAUUUAACGUCCGAGCUGAUAACGCGAAAUAUCAUUUGAUCGUCAGCAACCUCACCUCUGAUGCAGUGUUGGCUGUUACGGACAUCAUCAAGACACCGCCUGCUACAGACAAAUAUAAUUACCUCAAGACGCAGCUUAUUAAUCGCCUAGCAGACUCUGCUGAUAAGCAGCUACACAAAGUUUUGGCUGAACUUGAGUUGGGUGGCAGAAAACCCUCAGAGCUGCUGAGGCUUAUGCGGUCCAUGGUUGGCGCACAAGCCCCGGAAAAUGUUUUAAGAGUUCGCUGGUUAGCACUACUUCCUCCAACUGUUCAAAAACUAUUACGUGUCUUUCAAGCCACAUCUUCACUUGAUGAGCUCGCUACUGGUGCUGAUACUUUAAUGGAAAGUGGUGAUUCACCUCAGUUCGUCAUGGCUGCUGCUACUCAUUCCAGUUAUUCUCCAACAGCUCCACAAGCCUCAAGUUCUUUGGAUGACGCUAUUCUAACAGAGCUUAGAGGAAUGAGAAAAUCUUUAGAUAACUUAGCUCUUCAACAAAAGGAAGUGUGCAACAAAUUAAACAAGCUGCAUCCUAGUGAUGAUCGUAGUAGAUCCCGUUCUCGCGGGCGUUCUACAACCAGGGAACCACACGUUUCUCCAGCAGGACAUUGUUACUAUCAUCAUAAUUACGGCAAUCGCGCGCGACGCUGCGUUCAACCCUGUACAUUCAAGCCUGCUGCUACCCAAUCACUUUUGUUUGAGGGAAACUAG